UGUGAUAAGGAAUAGAAACCAAGGGCAUUUUGGUACAACUUUGUGCUAUAAAUUGACAAGGUUCAUGUUGCUCCCCAUGCACAAGCCCGAUUCUCUCCUCUCCUCAAUUAUUUUCCUCUCUGAAUUGCCAUAAUUUGCUGUGAGUUUCCUGAUCAAGUUGCAAGAGGAAUAAAAGAAAAUUAUGGUUUCUAAAGUGGAAGAAGCUAUGAAGAGGCAACAGCAGUCACAGCAACAGAGUCACAAGGGAAGGGAUCAUUGCCAUCAGCAAUACCAUCAGCAGCAGCUGCAGAAGCAGAUACAAUGUAACAAGGGGAAAACUCCCAAGUUUAAGAGGAGCACCUCCAAUCUUGAAGAAGAUGGGGCUUCCUCUGCCAUUCUCUUGCUUGCUUGCAUUGCCUGCACUCCCUCGUAUUGAUCACCUAAAUACGAUACAUAUAUAGGCAGACAUAAGCUUCUGUUUCCACCUUCCGUUCUUCCUCGCCCUCACUAUGACUCUUUAUUGUCUCCCCUGUAUCUUUUCUCUCUGUUAAUGUUCACUAAGCCUAAAUCUCUAUAUUGUACUAGCUAGAAUUUCUAACUUCUCCUUGUUUCCCUGCAUAUUUUUAGUUCAAAUACGUGUUGUAGUACUAUUUACAUUUUCUUUGAAAGAGUUUAUCAGCUGAUA